CUCAAACUCAGCACACCCAUUUCCGGCUCAGGUCACAGAGGAAGGAAUUGAAGCUCUUAGAAUGCUUCACAGUUCCAACUUCCGCCCAAAUCUGGUAGAAACAUCGCGAGAUGUCAUCGGGUCUUGGAGUUAUACGAAUGGAUGGAAAACUUGUCAGUUUUUUAUUUCCGUCUUUCGGUGUCUAAUGCUUUGGAGGAUGUUAACAAAGGAAUUAAUUCAAAAGCCACAAUGCAAGUUACUGUUAGAAGAGCUGCUCUUGAAGAAAUUGGAAAUAAAGUUACAACCAGGGGAACACAAGUAGCUAAGAAAGUUGAGAAAACCAAAGUGCUUGUGAAAAAACCCAAAGCCACAAAUAUCCCGAAAGAAGUAAAACCUGCUGCUGUUGUAAAACCAGUGCCAAAGGAAACUUUAGCUCCAAAGGGUCUGUCUCCAACCCCUAUGGAUGUUUCCAUGAAGGAAGAAGAUCUGUGUCAGGCUUUCUCUAAUGCACUAUUAUGCAAGAUAGAAGAUAUUGAUAGUGAAGAUUGGGAGAAUCCUCAGCUUUGUAGUGACUAUGUAAAGGAUAUUUACCAGUAUCUGAGACAACUUGAGGUUCAGCAAUCUAUAAACCCACAUUUCUUAGAUGGAAAAGACAUCAAUGGGCGGAUGCGUGCAAUCCUUGUUGAUUGGUUGGUACAAGUCCAUUCCAAAUUUCACCUUCUGCAGGAAACUCUUUAUAUGUGUAUUGCUAUCAUGGAUCGUUUCUUACAAGUUCAACCAGUCUCUCGGAAGACGCUUCAGUUGGUUGGAGUUACAGCUUUGCUUUUGGCUUCCAAGUAUGAGGAGAUAUUCUCUCCAAAUGUUGAGGACUUUGUUUAUAUCACAGAUAAUGCAUAUACUAGCUCUCAAAUUCGAGAAAUGGAAAUUUUGAUUCUGAAAGAAUUGAAAUUUGAAUUGGGUCGGCCACUUCCACUCCAUUUCUUAAGAAGAGCAUCAAAAGCUGGUGAGGCAGAUGCCGAACAGCAUACCUUAGCCAAAUACUUGAUGGAGCUAACGAUUGUUGAUUAUGACAUGGUGCAUUAUCAUCCUUCUCAGAUUGCUGCUGCUGCUUCUUGCUUGUCUCAGAAAGUUUUAGGUCGAGGGAAAUGGAGCUUAAAGCAACAGUAUUAUACUGGCUACUUAGAGAAUGAUGUAUUAGAAGUGAUGCAGCAUAUGGCCAAGAACAUAGUAAAAGUAAAUGAAAACUUGACAAAAUUUAUUGCCAUCAAGAAUAAAUAUGCAAGUAGCAAACUCAUGAAGAUCAGCACCAUUCCUCAGCUAAAUUCAAAAAUUGUCCAAGACCUCGCUUCACCUUUAUUGGGAAGGUCAUGAGAUGAUUGGACUCAAGUUGGAAGAAUCCUCAGUCCACACAGUCUUGUAUGUCGGCAUUCGUUUGGCACAUCUGCUUUCGUACGUGAUCUUUCGGCCUGCUUUGUGGAACCUUUUUAUUUUAUUUUCUCAAUGUAUAUUGAGGAAAAAUAAAACCAUAAUUUUCCUUAAGGAAACUUGUGUAUAUUUUCCCUCAGAAUUUAAUGCUCAAUCAUUGUAAACUUGUUUUGAUUUGGUAUCAAAUUAAGGAGUAACUGAUACAAACUUUCCUUUUAUUCUCCCAAAGAUGAUUGAAUUUCAAAACCUUUUGAACAGGAUAAAGGUUUGAAUUUUUUAAAAAAAAUUUUGUAUGUGAACAGAUUUUUGCUAUAGCUAUUGAUCAGUUCAAUAUGGAAUAAGCAGGAAGAUUUCAGUUAGGCAUGCUUAGUUUUUUCUGAUUUUACAUAUAGAAAUGGCUAGCAUAAGGGCAGUUAGGAGGAAAGUAUGCAGGAAGCUUUUUUCUUGAGUGAGUUGGGAAUGAAUGGCUUUUAUGUUCCUCAUGUGUUGGAUAGCUAGCAGAUACAACAUUUAAGGUGAUUAGGGGCAUUAUUCCCUUUUUGCAAAAGGGAAAUGUAUUGCACAUUUUAGCUUUGGAACUUAGAAUAAUGUUUCUCAAUAAUAUUUAUUAAAAGAUUUAUGUGCUAACCACUUUUUAAAUUAUAUUUUUUCUACAGGAAUACUUUCUAAGCUCCAAAUAACUUCUUAAUAUGAACUUUGGGAAUGUAAUCACUAAGUUUGGGACUUUUCUAUUACUGUGACAGUGUGAUUGUAUGAACAUUAGAGUCACAAAUAGGAUAAAAAUCAUUCUGUGUGCCAAGAAUGGACUAAUAACAAUUUCAAAGCCCUCUUUCUUAUUUUAAUCACAAAAUAAAGAUUUCCUCCUUAGUUCUUGAAUCCAAAAAGGGAAUAAUUAUGCUUGUGUAGAUAAGGGUCCUGACUUGGGCAUGCUCUCCAAUACCUUUUCUACUUUAUGCAGAUCAAAAUAAUUUGAGCUUUCAGUGGCAAGUUGAAGGUUCACUUGAUAUCAUUUGUAAAUCUUAUGGAGACUUUAAAAAUCUAAAAUGUCACUUUCUUCCUUUUUUAACUUGGCAAAAACCAUGAGUAGGUAAGAAAAUACCAUAGCAACUUUCUUGCUGCCAAGUCAAAAUGUAUGUGAUCAGGAAAUGCAUUUAUUCUUAAAAGGUCUUUAAUCAAAGCAAGAUUAUUUAUCUAGCCAUUGUUGAUACUGCUCUCCAUAUUGUACUGAUCAAUUUUAUGGGCAGACUGUCAAAUGAAACAAAUUUUAAAGGUUAUUCAAAAACAUUUUUCAUAUAAUAUUACUUAGCCUGUCUCAGGACUAAUUUAGUUUCAGGACAUAGAAAUAAAAGGUCCUUUCAUAGUUUAUAUAUAUAUAUUUUUUUUUUUUGUGAGGCAAUGUACCUAAAAUGUGAUCAGUGUAAAUAAAUUAUAAACUUGGAAACAAUCUAGGUUGUUAAAGCAUAUUUAAAUGAAGAGGAGGAGUGUGAUAAUGAAAAGUACAAAGAGAAUGGUGAUGGUGUGCUUGGAACACAGAAAGAGAAGGGUAGGAAUUUGUCCCUAGCACAUUGUCCAGGGCAGGAGUAGGCAACUAAUCCUAGUUGUUCUAGGACAAAUAUCCUGAAGAUGAAGAAAAUCCUGGCUCUCUCUCAUCUUGAUGAAAAUAUAAGAACUGUCUACCUCUUCACUCUGAUCUUCCAUUCACCAAGCAACCUUCUGAUCUGUAAUUUGAUUUUUCUAGUAGACUUUUCCACCAUGAAGGGUAUAUUGUACCAAUGUUUCCCUCUGUAAAUCAAUAAAUUUCCAUUUUGCUUUAUUUUUGA